GUCGUAAAGUAAGCCGAGCGAAACGUAAUUAAAAAUAGCGGUAUAUUUCGACAAUGAAUCAAGCGGUAAUUCAUUUUUCUUGAACAAUGCAUCAUAUUGAAGAAUCCAAUUUACCGCGCGACACCUGUGACCUUUAGAUGAACCUCUUGUGAUUUUCAAAGGAGAGCUGUUCUAACGCGUCUGAACAACCUUCCAAACCAUGAACAACCUUAAUGUGUUCAUCAUCUUUUUGAUAGAAGCUGUGAUCCACUCCAUAUGGCCGGCCCAAUGUUUCUAUAUCGGGGAUGAUUGUCACAAGCCACUUGGAUUAGCGGAUGGACGAAUAAAUGACACUCAGUUAACUGCCAGCUCAGUCUAUGGAGACAACUACACUCUAUACGGGCCUGGGCGAGGAAGACUGAAUCAGACUGGCGGAUAUCGAGCUCAACCAGGGGCAAAUGUUUCGUCAUUUACAGUGACAUUUGAUCAAGCUAUGAUUAUAACUGAAGUAGCCACUCAAGGCUACAAUGGAAAACAUAUACAAGAAUGGACUAAGGGAUAUCACCUAGGAUAUUCAAUUGGAUCCGGCACACAUUUCUUCAAGGAGAAAAACGAAGACCGUGCAAAGCAAUUUAUAGGUAACAUGGACGAUAACGCUAUAACACGCCACGUGGUGCCAAGGCCGGCGAUGGUCAAAUCAGUUCAUGUCAUACCAAUUGAAUGGGAAAAUAACUUUGCUCUAAGACUGGAAUUAUAUGGAUGUAUUGCAGGUUGGCUCAUGCAAUCAGUUAUGUUUGAAAGCUUACCUAAUGGAAAUGAAUGUGAAAGUCUUCCAUGUCAGAACAACGGUACUUGUUGGGAACAAAUCCGAGGAUAUAAGUGCAACUGCUCUGAUGGCUUCAAUGGCACCCACUGUGAAAUUAACAUUGAUGACUGUGCGACCAGUCCCUGUCAGAAUAAUGGCAGUUGUUUUGAUUUGGUUAAUGAUUACCAAUGCCUUGGCUGUUUGCCGGGAUACUCUGGAAAGAAAUGUGACACAGAGCUUUUGGUUGCAGAAACAGAUGAAUGUGCUUACAAUCCUUGUCAGAACAAUGGAACUUGCACAGACUUAUUUAAUGAUUUUCACUGCAACUGUUCGGCUGGAUUUAAUGGAUCAAAUUGUGAAAUAGACAUUAACGAAUGCGAAAUGAAUCCUUGCGUCAAUGGAUCAUGUAAGGAUCUCGUAAAUGACUUUAGUUGUGAUUGUACUCCUGGUUUCACUGGAAAGAGUUGUAACAUUGAGCUAAACGAAUGUGGAAGUAACCCAUGCCACCAGGGCGCUACGUGCAAGGAUCAGAUCAACGGUUUCACCUGCGCAUGCCCUGCAGGCUUCGGAGGACCAACAUGUAGUCAGGAGACUGAAUUCUUUCUGGUUGUGUGGCUUGAGUUGAAGAAUAUGACAUUCACACUUGCCCUUAAGAACGAAAGUUCUACUCUGUACCAGAAUAAGCAAGAUGAGGUCAUUCAUGAGGUCGAUAACUCCUUGUUGUUUGAUGAAAGAGAUCACUUCUUCGGUUCAGCUUUAAGGAUAUUCAGUCCAUCAGGGUCAAAACCAAAUGUAUUGGCAGAAAUUCUUCUCAGGACUCUAAUGAACAGCACAAAACACAUCACGGCCGUUGUUACGAAGAAGCUUGGGUCACACACGUACGUGGGAAUUUUUGAUCCUGUUAAUGGGCCGGUAUUUGAAGAUAGAGGUGAUCCAUCCUGCAAGCCUCUCAACAUAUCUUCACCCACAGUAAAUGGACAGCCUCUCUCUGAAGAUAUCACGCAGCCAACGAAAGUGAAAAAAUCAGAAGACUUUGUUUUCUCCGCGAAGGUGGAAUCAUAUUGUGGCAUGUCUAGUUUAAUUACAAAUUUUAGUAUCGAAAUAGACAUCUAUGCCAUCGACCUGAUAUCGGGAUAUUUUAAAUACAUGAGGAAAUUGAAAGAAGUUACUUCUCCUAAUGCUGACUCAGUAAAAGAAACCAUUCCUAGUAAGACAUUAAACUAUGGCCAUUACUUCAUGAAGAUCAUCGGGAUCCUGGAUAAGAAACGAAAAGUCAGUAGUUCUGGUUACGUAGAAGUUACGUCCACUACUCUGGUGGCCGACAUAUCAGGCGCAAGCUACGCCUCUCAAGGAUUUAACCAUAAACUGACCCUUAAUGGUUCAAAGACUCAUGAUCCAGAUGUCGGACAAGGAAUCUACAUUGGAAUGAAUUUCACGUGGCUUUGUCGAAAAGAAAGCGAAGUAUUUCCGGAUGACGUAGCAACACUUCCUGAGGUGUUCCCUCCUGCUGGCUCAACUCUUCCACCGAAAAGGAACCGUGAAGGCUGUUAUGGUACUGGUAUCGGAAAACUAAGAUCAAGAAAUGGGUUUCCGUACAUCCUCGAUCUAGAUAUCGAUAAAAUGGAAGGUGACGAGGAUUACGUAAUCGAGCUUGAUGUGAAGAAAAGGGGGACGGUCGUCAAUGCGCUCCAUCGACUUCGAAUUAAAGAGGAAAUUCACUUAAAAGUAAACUGUGAACACUGUAAAAGUCAUGUGAUUCAAUCAUCAAGACUGAUCCUGGAAACAAAUUGCACAGGUCUCCUUUGCAACAAAAUCCAGCAGUACUCUUGGUCAAUCAAAUAUCGCGUAGGAGAUGAUCCACACUGGCGACACGUAACUAACCAGGAUGAAGUGGUACUUACGUACGAUAAUUCACCAAACUUGAUACUGGCGCAGGGAAAACUCCAUGGUAAUGCCACCUAUAAUGUCACAGUAACUGGAAGAACCUCAGGAGGACAUAUAUCCUCUGCAACAUACUCGUUUGUGACGAACACGCCACCAAGUGGAGGAGAAUGUAAAGUCAACUUAGCUCAAGGAAAGGCGUGGGAAACUGACUUUGUGUUCAGUUGCAAUGGCUGGUACGAUAACGAACUGCCUCUAAAGUUCACGUUCAGCUACUACAGCAGUGAGGGCAUUGAAAUGAUUUUUCACUCGGGGACUUCAAACACUGCCAUAGGUAAACUACCGGUUGGAGAUUCAAACAGGGAUUUUAAACUGCAGGUUCAGAUGACUGUGAUUGAUGCAUUAGGAUCUGCAGUGAAUACUGGUGUAUAUAUCCAAGUUAUUGAGCCUGAAAUAUCCGUCGAGACUCUUAACAAAGAGGUGUCCACGGGAGGACCAAUGAAUGAAUUCCUGAAGGAAAACAACAUUAAGAAGGCGGCACAAAGGGCGACAUCUGUCUUGUCAGUGGUAAAUCACGCACCAGUGGAUGAGAUGAAGUUAAAAGAGAAGAUUAAGAUCAAAGAUAGCAUUGUUGACGCUUGGUCGAAGGUUAAAGUUGCAGAGUUACAAGAAGUGUUGCAGGUUUCAGCGGUUGUUGCUGGCGUGGCCGACCAACGAAAUGAGAUCUCAAUCGAGUCCCAGGAUAAGGCAAUUAAAAUGCUGGAUUCCAUGACAAAUAUUAUGGAAGAAAGUGUAAAUAACAAGUCGAACUCCGAAGUAUCUGUCGAACAUGUGGGAGCAGCACUAUUAAAUGGAUUGGGAAACUUGCUGGACAUUACUUCUCAUGAAGCCAAGGACGAUACAAGUGGAGAAGAAUUACCACCAGUUCCAAUCACUUAUGAAAGAAGAGAGAAGAGCAAAUCAUUUUCCAAACGAAUUUUAAACCUCAUCACUCGUCUUGGUAGUACAGUAGAUAACACAAAAAAACUGUACGAAAAGCCAAGCGUGCUCAAGUCCAAGUCUUUAUCAAUGGUACUUGACAGGCAAAUUCCCUCAAGAAUUGGAAAUAAAGCUUUAGUGUAUCAGGACUCCAAAGUUACACUUCCAUCUGUUCAAGACCUGAUAGGAAAAGACAGUAAAAGCAAAGAAUAUCUCUCUACUCAGCUUGUCACCUUCAAAUUCAAUCCAUACACGUGGACCAAAGGUGCAACUAAUAUAAAGUCUGUUGUCAUCGACUUUGAGCUUAAAGACGAGGGAGGGUCCCCGCUGAACGUGUCAAACCUCUCCCAAAACGUCGAACUCUUCAUUCCACCACUUUUGGAGGCAAAAGUCAAGAAGCCUCAGACAUACUUCGUAAAACCGAACGAAAAUGGAACGAUGCGAUUUCACAGAAUUGUAUUUCCAGGCCCUGAGUACGUUAUUUCCAUAAAGAUCAUCCCUUCGCACCUACACACUCUUAGAUUAUUUGUGCGAUAUGGACAGAGACCAACAUUGACAAAUUACAACUACAGCGCAUCCCUUCCAGAUUACAGCUCAUGUAACUAUUCUACUGAAAAUCGCAACAUGGAUUGUAGUAUUCAAGCGUAUACUGUUACUGUGUCCGCUGCGGAUACAGGGCAAACAGGACUUCAUUAUCUGGGCAUCACAGUUGGUGCGCUUCCCAACAUAACAAGAAAGUAUAUAACCGCUAGUAAAGAAAGACGUGUAAAGCGUGGAUGCAUGUUUGCCGGACGCCAGAAGAGAUCUUGUGUAGGAGUCAAAGAUCCUCCAUCCACUCCUCCCCCAAUAGUUGUCCUAAAGCCACCAUUUAAUGCCAGCACAGAUGUCAAUUACACUUUGUCAGUGUCUAUGGGGACAUGCCAGUAUUGGAAUGUAACAGCAGACGCGUGGUCAACGAAGGGAUGCAAGGUUGGACCCGGCUCAUCGGCGGAAAAGAUACAGUGUCUCUGCAAUCACCUUUCCUCUUUUGGCGGGAAUUUUUUUGUAGCUCCUAAUCCAAUUGACUUCGACUACGUAUUCAGGAAAUUCCCAGAUAUUUUUGAAUCAGGAAAUGUUCUUGUGUUGGCAAUGGUCCUAUCCAUAUAUGGUUUGUGGAUCAUCGGUAUUGUCAUCGCUAGACGGGCAGACAGAAAGGACGAAUACAAAGCAAUUGAAAAUCUCCGGCUCCAGGCAGAGGGCGGGCAUCUGUAUGAGGUUUCAGUGUACACUGGGAUGUGGAAAGACUCUGGUACGACAGCGAAUGUCGCUAUGAUCGUGUAUGGUGAGGAAAUACGAAGCGAGACGCUAAAAUUAUUUGACAGUUACACGAGCAAAAAGCUGUUUGCGCGAGCAAGUAUAAACAACUUUAUUGUCUCUUUACCAGACAGUUUACAUUCUCCUCUAAUGAUCAAGCUAUGGCACGACAAUUCAGGAGCUCAUCCAUCUUGGUAUGUCAACCAGAUUAUAAUUAAAGAUCUCGAAACUGAUGAGAAAUGGUAUUUCUUAUGCGGCCGAUGGCUUGCAGUCGAUAAAGAAGAUGGGGAGGUUCAAGUAGACAUUCCAGUUGCAAGCAAAAGCGACAUAUCAAGCUUCAAGUACCAAUUCCAUACCCGAGUAACCAAGAACUUUGUAGAUGGCCAUAUAUGGCUCUCUCUAUUAACAAGACCUCCUCAUAGUCCAUUCACGCGCUCGCAACGGCUUUCCUGCUGUGUCUGCGUUCUUCUGUGCGCAAUGUUAGCCGGAGCAAUGUUUUAUCAGUUUGGCGAAAAGCAGAGUGACACAGUUAAGCUUGGUCCUUUUCGCUUCAGCGUCAACCAGAUCAUCAUUGGAGUCGAGAGCGCACUAAUUGUGGUGCCAUUAAACUUGCUUAUUGUCACAAUAUUUAGGAACAUCAAACUUUCACACAACCACACGAAAACAUCUUACCAGAGUGACAAAACUGCAGAACGGCAUACCGCAGAAUCACACGGAAACAAAAAGGUUAAGAUUCCCGGAUGUCUUCCUCAUUUCUUUGAAUACAUCGCAUGGCUACUUUGCAUUCUCGCGUCCCUGACGGCCGGAACAUUUAUCAUAUUCUACAGCGUCCAGUGGGGCAAAGAAAUAUCAAGGCAAUGGCUCACGUCAGCCCUAAUAUCGUUUUUUCAAGACGUAGCAAUCAUGCAGCCCAUUAAAGUUGUUGUUGUCGCUUUACUUCUCGCCAUGAUCUUUAAAAAACCUCCCGAAGAGAAAACCGCUCAGUCACUCAAGGAUUCAUCUUUAGAAACAAACAACAAUUUGGACGUUAAGGCACCCACAGGAGAUGAGAUUCUUCUUGCAAGGAAGAACAGAGAAAGCGUGGUGGAGACUAUCAACAGCGUUAUAGAGAUAGUGCUCUAUUUACUUUUCGUCAUUUGCCUUUUUGUGUUGGUGUAUGGAAAUCGAGGAUACAGUCGGUACCGACUUACAACGAGUUUGGAAUCAAUGCUUAAAGGAUCAUUUGAAGAGAUCGACUCAAAGUUUGCAUUUUGGGAGUGGGUUGAGGCAGAGUUUAUUCCAGGCAUCUACGAUACCACCUGGUAUAAUGGUCAGCGGUUCAUUUCACCUGAAGGUUAUAUCAGCACCAGAACGGCCUUCCUUGUUGGUAUGCCCAGGCUUAGACAAGUCAGAAUUAAGGAAGAAUAUCCAUGUCAGAUGGGAAAACAUUACCCUGAAUUAAACGACGUCUUCAAGAGAUGUAUUCCUCCUUAUUCACCCCAUGACGAAGACACCUCACCAUUGAACCAGCCUGGAUGGGUACCGGUGACGAAUAUCAGCAAAUACCAUUCGGAAUUUGAAUUAUCGAGGCUUUGUCCAAAACCUUGGCGAUAUAAUUCAUCAACGGAUUUGAAUACUUUGUGGUAUUAUGGAAGAAAUAUUAGGUACGAUGGUGGAGGGUACGUUGCCGACCUUGGAUAUAACUCGAGAACAGCAUCAAGAGUUGUAAUAAAUCUUAAAAGCAACAGCUGGAUCGAUGAAAGAACCGCUGCAGUUUUUGUUGAGUUCACUGUAUUUCAACCAUCAAGCUCCUUAUUUAGCGUUGCAAAGCUUCUUUACGAGCUUUAUCCGACUGGAAAACCUGUUACCAAAGUGUGCUUCGAUACUCUGUCCAUAUAUGGUUCCUCUAAUCCUGCUCUUCGCUCAAUAUCAUUGGCUUGCCAAAUUACCCUGCUGCUUUUGAUUGUUUACUUUCUGCUGCUAGAAGCUGUGAAGAUCUACCGACAAAGUUGUGCAUACUUUGGCUCCUUUUGGAACUGGAUGAACAUGCUACAGCUUAUUUCUGCACUGACAACGAUUGCGUUUUUUUUCUUAAAGGAAAAGUACGUAUCAGCGUUUGUAAAAUACGUUCAGGCCAACCCAUUUGACACGGCAAGUGCUGACUAUGUACUUUUCUGGAUCGAUCUGGAGAUGAUAGUUCUUUCCAUUGUAGUUUUCAUUGUCACCGUUAAAUUCUUGAGGAUAAUUCGUUUUAACAAGCACAUUUGCCAAAUGGUAGCUUCGCUCAAGCUUUCUUCGCCACAUGUCAUGUCUUAUUCAGUCCUAUUUUGCAUAAACAUAAUUUCGUUUGUUCUCUUAGGAGUGCUAGUAUUUGGCAAUGAUAUCGAAUCUUACCAUUCGUUUAUGGAAGCGUUGGCGACAUUGACUCAAAAAUUUCUCGGUGGAGACUUACUUUAUCAUGACCUUCAAUCUUCUAAUCGCAUUAUUGGCCCUGUUUAUCUAUUUGCCUUCAUGCUAAGCAUGUCCUUCAUCCUCAUUAACAUGUUUGUGGCUAUUCUUAAUGAAUCCUAUGAGAGCGUCAAGGAAAUGUCCGGCGGUAAAUUUGCAGACGCAGAUCUGGGAACAUUUAUCAAGGAAUAUUAUUUCACAAGAUUCAGACGUUUACGCGAAAUCUUGAAAAGGAAGCUUGCUAGUUGUGGUUAUCGGCACAAGUUGUACGACAGGCCAAGGCAAGAAAAAAAGUCGACUAUAAGGGAGGAGUAUGUUGGAAGCAUUAUGUACCUAUCAACAGACUAUCCAACAUACGUGGAUUAUGUAGACCAUUCAUCUCAGCUAGCACUGAUACACAACAAACCCGCGGCUGACACAGGAUCAGCUUCAUGUAGUGUUGAAGCCGUUACUUUGGAAGAAAGAGCAACUGAAUUUUCAACUGAUGAGCCAGAUGUCAUUAGCACACCUUCACCUCUUUCAAGCGAUGAAUUCGAUACGGAACUAUUGGACUUGUUGAGCGAUCUUCCAGAGUCCGUGGUAGCGCCCUCAUUUGCAUCUAAUAGGGCAUGUUCUAAUGUGGACUUCAUGAGUUUGUUUCGUGAUUUGCCCGAGUCCAUCGUGGACGAUGACGACACAAUUGAUAAUGUUCGUAAAGGACUCGCUGAUGUAGGAGCAGUUUUGAGACUUGACGAGCAAACCCUAAGGAGAUUUUCAACGACAGGUGACAAGUACAUCGUGCAGGCGAAUAUACAAAUGGGACUUCCAGUAGCUGUGCAUUUUAGAUCGCGGAGAAAUUCAGAUGAAAAUGGUGUGGAUAUCGAAAAAUAGAUUUAAUAAUUUCAAAAAGUUAGGAAAAGUAAAUGAUAUCAAUAUACCAAUAACUUUAAUGGGAAACAUGUUUCCAUUCUUAUUGUAAUGAAAAUAAUUGAAAACAUAACUAUUAAUUCAAAGGAUUGUGUUCAUUUUGAAUGUCUAUCAAGAUAUCUUUAGGUGUUACAAUUUUAUAAGAAAUCAGAAUGUGAACAAAUAAAAUAUAAAAGUGAGCUAAUCUAUACUCUCAGUGCACCAGCAGCCGCUGCAUCGAGUUCCCUUUUAGCGACAGAGGACAUUCCGAAAUAAGCUCUUUUUUUCAAUCGAUGGACGAGGUAAACAGUUACUAUGGUCUUUUGAUAAUGAACGAGCACGGUUUUACAUUUUCUAUUGCAUAAUUUAAAAAAUUAAGAAAAAAAAUCAAUCGGAAGGAAAAAGUGAUAUGGCUAAAAGCAUGCACGAGGCCUGUUACUCGAGGAUG